AAAUAUUCACAAACCACACCACAACACAACACAACCUCAACAUCAUUCAUCUUUCUCCUACAAUCAUGGCUACCCCUCUGGUUUUGCAGGUUACCUGCGUGGUUCUGGUUCUCAUUGUUGGUUUUGGAGAGAUUAUUCCGUUGGCGGAAGCAGAGAUUCCAUGUGGGUCGGUGCAAAUGACUGUGGCACCAUGCAUAGCCUACCUAACGGGUCCUGCUGCUGGACCCGUCCCUGCACCAUGCUGCAACGGUGUGAAGCGCAUCAACGACCAAGCCAAGUCCACCGCAGAUCGACGAUCCGUCUGCACCUGCCUCAAAAACACUGCGUUGAGGAUUCCUGGACUCAAUCUUCCACACCUUUCAGCCCUCCCUACCACUUGUGGGGUCAACUUGCCCUACAAGAUCAGCCCUUCCAUUGAUUGCAACACGGUUACCUAAGCUUCUUGCACAAGGGUUUAUCCUCGGUGACUAUAAAUACUUAUUUGGCAAUAAUAAGCAAAAGAGAGGGAAUAAAGAUGGUUUAAGUUCCUCCAUUGUCUGGAUCUCCCACUAGGGAGUACUUUAUACUAUGGGAUGAUGAACUACAUCUCCAUCAAUGUUAUAAUAUUGUUCUUGUUUCUCCAAUGAUAUAUUGGAUUUUCUAUCACUAAAAUAUAUAUUUACAUAUACCCCAUCAUAUAUGAAUUCCAUAAUCGAGUAAUUAAUACA